CUAGGCAUGCAGACUGCUUCUACAAACAUUUGUGAAAGAAUGGGUCAUUCUCAGGAGCUCAGUGAAUUCAAGCAUGGUAGCGUGAUAGGUUGCCACCUGUACAAGUCCAUCUGUGAAAUUUCCUUACUACUAAAUAUUCCACGGUCAAUUGUUAGUAUUAUUAUAACAAAGUGGAAGCAACUGGGAACAACAGCAACUCAGCCACCAAGUGGGCACAGUGCGCAGAAGUUACCAACUGUCUGCAGAGCCAAUAGCUAAAGAUCUCCAAACUUUGUGUGGCCUUCAGAUUAGCACAACAACAGUGUGUAGAGAGCUUGAUGGAAUGGGUUUGCCUGACUGCAUUGUGUCAAGUGCAA